AAAGGUUUUAAAAAACCAUUAUAUAAAGAUGAUGUGAAAAGAAUGCAGUGUAUAAUGAUACCUUUAGUGGAGUAUUUACUCAACCUUACAGAUAUCAAGGGAGUACCAAUUUAUCUGACUCCACGUAAAACCUUUAUUAUUGGGUUUGCAAUAGCAGUUAAAGCAAUGUUCAGCUUAGCAGAUGAAAUUUUUCAAAUUACCCAGUAUAAAUACAUUUUAACUUACAAAUUUUCCCAAGACCAUCUGGAAAUGUUUUUUUCAAAAAUCAGACAACGUUUUGGAAAUAAUAACUAUCCAAAUGCCCUUGAAUUAAAAACUGCUAUGAAACAAAUCCUGCUGAAGAACUCCAUAACAUCAUCAUAUGCUGCUAAUUGUAUAGCUUUGGACAACACGGGCACAGAAAUCGUGUUUGAAAUACGUUGGGCAAAGAAAAAAGUUGAAAGUUUGGAAGAAGAGGAAGAAAUACCAGAUUUAUUCCCCAGUAUGAACAAUACAUUUGAUAUUGUUAAAGACAACAUUUUGUAUUAUAUUUCUGGGUUUAUUGUUAGAUGUUUGUUAAAAAAAGUUGAUUGUCAAACAUGUGCUAAUAGUAUGUUGGAAACAUUAUCUGAACACAAUUAUAACCAUAAAUAUUCUCACUCUAUAUUAGUUAAUGUCAAAAAUAGAUGAGGGUUGAUUAAAAGUUCAAUUAAUGUAAUUAAAAUAGUUAGAUUUAUUGAAAAUACUUUAAUUCAAUUUACUUUAGGUCUUAGUUCAUUAAAUAUACCAGGUUUAAGUAACAAAAUUAUUCUUGCUGUAAAAAAUCAUGUAUAUAGUAGUAAUAUUUUUAAAGAUCUAAAUUGUGACAAUGAUGGUUUUUUAGAAAACCAUAGAUUAUAUUUGGUAACCUUAAUUUCUAAACAAUAUUUAAAAAUUAGAUUACAUCACUUGUCUAAUUUAAAAACAAUUUGUAAUGUCAGUAAACGACGUUUACUUACUAAAUUAAUUAUUUUUAAUCACCAGUAGUUACUUAUUAAACUCUUAUAUUGCUUGUAAACUUGUAUUAUUUUAUUACCUUAUUUUAUCGCUAUAUAUUAAAAUUUAACACAAUAUCAAAAUUGUAUGAAUCUUGUUGAAAAUCAUAAAAUCGAUUUCAUUGAUAAAUCAAACCUACGUGAAUAAUACCUACUUUUUUA